AUGAGAAAUUAUGAGCCAGCUGAGGGAGCAGUUCACGGAGAAGUUGACGGAACAGCUGACGGAGCAGCUGACGGAGCAGCUGUAGUUGUAGUAGAGGACGCCUUGGCAGCGAAGGCGUUACAGGGUGGAGAAGCAACGACUCAGGGAGCAGCGAGGGAUGAUGGCUUGGACGCGGAAAACCAGCGAGACGGUGCUGACGUGGACGCGGAAAAUGGAGAGUUGUUAGGUGCUUCCGGGUUGGACGGAGGUGAGUGGGCUGACAUGGCAGACGGUUUGCAAGACGGUGCAGAGGAGUUCAUUUUCGAUCCAGAUGUUCUGGCGAGCUUUGAAGAGGACCUUCGCAGGGAGAGGGAGUACCAGCAGACGCUGGAGCAGCUGCUGCUGAACCUACUCCCUGACCAAGGGACCGGGCUGGAUGGGAAUGAGGAGGGCGGGGGAGCAGAUGACGCAAGAGCAGCCUCUGUCGACGAUGCCGCAGCCAUUGCCGCCAUUGUGGCAGGCACAUACGCGCAAUCAGGAGGCACAGGCGGGCGCUCAGGUCGCACAGGGGAGCCUCCAGCAGGCAGAGUGGAAGGUGCAGGCAGUAGAGCGCAUGCGAGUGCUGGCACGACUUUUGAGGCGCCUCAAAAUUCAAGUCGCACAGAUCCGGGGGCAGGAAAGGAAGCUGCCAGGAAGGAGGGAGUGCCCGAACAAGGGUCAAACAGGAAAGACCAAGAAGCUGAGGAGGGGAAGGGGAAGGAGGAAGAGGAGGACGAGGAAGAGGGAGAGGAGGAGGAAGAAGAAGAGGGAGAGGGAGAGGGAGAGGGAGGAGGAGAGGGAGAGGGAGCGGGAGCGGGAGUGGAUGUGGGCGAUUUCCUAUUUGACCCGGAUUUACUGGAGGCUAUGGAAGCGGCUUUGGAGCAGCACAGUGCGGCGGACUGGCAGCGAAUCACCCCCCUCGCCAGCCCCAUGCACCCUGCCGUGGCGAACAGCAGAGUCAGUCCCAUGCAAGCUGCUAUGGUGGGCGGCAGGGUUAGUCCCAUGCAUGCUUCUCUUGUGGGUGGCAGAGUUAGCCCCAUGCAUGCUGCUUUGGUCGGCGGCAGGGUCAGUCCCAUGCGCAGGGGCGUGGGAAUGGGACAAGCCAGUCCAAUGAUUGCAGGCAUGACAGCUGGCAGGACAGCGCAUGGGGCAGCAGGCGGGGCAUCAGGCAUGGCAGCAGGUGGGGCGGGCGUAUCAGCGACCCCAUCAUCAGCUCCAGUGCUGCCAGGCAGGGGUGGUGGUGCGCAGGUGGCAGGGGGGGCGGGCAGGGCGGCGAGUCCCAGGCUAGGCAGCUUGCGCGGGGGGGGGAGCAGCCCCACCCCACGACGGCUGACAGACCCCAGUGCUGUGAGGCGAAGCUUUGAUGGUGCCGCCGCUGCUGACGCUGCUGCUGCUGCCAGUGGUGCCGGCGGGGUGCGUGGAAAAUGGGUGGCUGCUGUUGUGGCCUCUGCCAAUGCAGCCGACGCUGAGCACGGAGCAAACGCUGCAGAAGGAGAGGCGGCAGCAGGAGCAGCAGCAGGAGAUGCAGGGAAGGAGGCGGAUGCAGCAGUAACAAAAGGGGAGGAGGUAGCAGCAAAGAAGGAGGAGCCGGUGAUAGAAGCAAAGCCGGUUGUUCCCCCCGGACCCCCUCCCCCUCCUCCCCGGUCUCAGCUGCUAGAAAGUUUCGAACAGCGCUGCCCGCCGGGCGGGUCAGACGCAGUGGUGGUGUAUACCACCACGCUUCGGGCGGUGAGGAAAACUUUUGAGGACUGCGUUAAAGUGAAGAACGUGCUGCAGGCCCUACGAGUGGUAUACGAGGAGAGGGACAUCUCCAUGCGUGUCUCAUACAGGCAAGAGCUCAAAACGCUCAUGGCACCCGGAGCAGCAUCCCAAGCAGCAGCAGCAGCCGCCGGCUCCGUCCCGCGCCUCUUCAUCUGCGGCCGUUACAUCGGCGAUGCGGACACUGUACUACAGAUGUAUGACGACUACUUUUUAGCUGAGUUAAUCCAAGGGUUGCCGACUACUGAUGAUGAUGCGGGGAAGACAGGGUGUGGGACGUGUGGGGGGAGCAAGGUGGUUACGUGCCGGCAGUGCGGUGGUAACCACAAGGUGGUGACGAGUUACGGCAUGCGGAUAUGCUCGCAUUGUGAUGACACUGGGCAUGUGCCGUGCCACACCUGCGGAGGUGGGUAG